AUGGCUACAAAUUUAGUUAAACGUGUUUUUGACAUUCAAAAUCACAAUAUGGCAGAAAACUCUAAUACUUCCUCUAUUAAUCCAAUUGAUAUGUCUAUACAAAAAUCUAGUGGUAAACCAAACGCAACAUGUAAUUAUUGUAAUGAGUAUUGGUACAAAGGCUCACCUGCUGCCCUUGAAAAUCAUUUAGGAAGUACACUUAAAACUUUAGCUGAAGAAAAUUUAAUCGAAGGUGAUAGUCUUAAACAAUGGGUAGAUACUCAUUGGCAUACUAUGUACGAUUAUGUAUUCUCCAUUAUAAGUAAAAUUAAAAAUAUGCAGAAGCUUUCUGCUUUUUAUUUUGCAAAUUCAAAAAAAGAAUUACCAUAUUUUUCUAUUAAUAAUAGUGCUGAAGAUUUAUAUGAAGCAUUAUCUAAUAUGAAUCUUAGUGAUAAUAAUGAUUACAAUGAAGAACAACUCACUAGUGAAGAAGUACAAAAUGUGGAGUUUCUAGAAGAAGAAGUGCUUAAAAUUGAAGAAUUGUUAAAUCUUGAUGCAGCUGAUUUUACUAAUGACUUAGAUGAAAUAGUUUUUGAUACUAACUUCGAGUCUUUUGAAGAGAAAAAUAUUAAUGUUCAAAUUAAUGAUGUCAAGAGUAACAUUGAUGAGGAAAAUUGGGAUCCUGAAAAGGAAGCUAAUAUAAU